AUGAGGGCUGAUGUUAUAGUUCUUACCGUUUUAUUAAAUUUUGUUAUUCCUGCACAAUGCCUGAUUUCCAAUUUGGAUACAAUUUCAAAAGAAAGUAAUGCCAGUAUACUUUUAAAUUUUCUAAAUCUUUAUUCAACUAUAAUCAUCUCAAGUCAAUCAAACAUAGAUCAUGAUAUUGUUUUUUCGAACAAUCCAAAAAGAAUAAUUACUAACUUUACAAACAAUGGUUUGUUACACAAAGAUGAAGAUAUUAUAUUUGUUGAAAGAAAUGUUGACGAUUUUCAACGAACCUUAAAUUUAUUUAACAAAUCGAAUAGAUGGCAUAGCAAAUCUAAAUUUCUUGUUAUUUUAGAAGAACAAAACAAAGAUAAUGAUAUAGUUACACUGUUUCAAAGUCUAUGGCGUGUGAACAUUUACAACGCUGUGGUAGAUCUAGGAUCUAAUAGAUUCUUUACCUGGUAUCCGUAUGCAAAAGAAAACAAAUGUGGUACAAAGUUUAACAUAAAAAUAGUAGGAGAAGAAGACCCGUUUAUUGAAAAGAUUCCCAGAAACCUUCACAAUUGUAACUUUAAUAUCAUCUCGCCAAUAUCAGAGUUUAACCUUUACUUUGACGAUAAGACCAAAAAGGGUUUCAUUCCUUCGUACCUCAAUACAGUGGGGCAAAAAUUAGGUCUAAAAGUAAAUUUUAAGUCUAUAAACAAUUAUUUUAAUCACCAGUCAAAAUAUGGAAACCACGAAUUAUUAAUGUACGAUUUGGAAACUUUUGACAUAGAAGCAGCAAUCUACGGGGCUUACUUUGAUAUACGUCUACCUGAUUAUCAAUGUGAAUACUCCAUUAUGAUGUACCAAACAUUCAUGUACCUCAUUUGUCCCCCUCGAAGGCCGAUUAUUCCCAAUUUACUAGUCCUGUUCUCGCUAAAAAUAUACUUUCUUUACAUUCUGUCUAUUUUGGUAAUUGCUGUUGUAUGGAAACUAUCCUGUAGACUACAAUUCGGGGUAGCUAUGAUGGACACGUACCGCUUGUUUGUAGCAUUGCAAACAAACGUGAAACAGAUCGUAAAUCCCAAAACAAGCUUAUUUUUAAUGUUGGUAAUGUGGUAUAGUAUUCACAUGAGUUUAUUUUACCAAACUGAGUUAAGUAGCAAAUUAACGUCUCCUACGUUAACUCCAAAAAUUAAAAACAUUGAAGACUUUUUACAAUCUGAUCUAAAAUUUUACAGUAAUCCUUCGAUGAAUGCAAUGAUGCUGCCGAGAGGUCUAGAUACAUAUAACAGAUUGAUGAAAAAAACUGUAAAUGCAGUCAAUCUUCUGAAAGCUUUCAAUUUAUUUCUGGAAAAGCCAGACCAUGCAUAUAUUCUACUCAGUAAUUUGCUCUAUCAACUAAAAAAUAUUAAUGAUUUUGAAGUUAUUUACGAUGAUCCAUUAAUAUCAGUGAACGUUAACUUAGUACUAAAAAGAAAUCACCCUCUUAUAUACAGAUUUAAUUAUUGGAUCCAAGCAGUUCAAGAAGCAGGUUUGCCUUCAAAAUGGUUAUACAGUAACUCCGUGAAUCUGAAAAAAUUGGAAGCUCAUUAUGAGCUAAAGCCAAGUACGGAAUUUAAAAAACUAACCAUGAAAAACUUACAAAGUUGUUUUUUGUUUCUAGUAGCUGGAAAUAUUCUUUCAAUUAUUACAUUUUUGAUAGAAUUAGUGAAGAAAAGGGAGAUUGUCCAAUACUAA